AGAGUAGUGAUGUCGGAGGAGGUUGGGAAGAAAUUGCAGGCGGUGGUUGACCGGGUAAAUCAUGCGGUUACCCGUCGCCCGAAGACGUUGCCAUGUAUAACCCCUCGGCUGGUGGCGGUCAGUAAAACAAAACCUCCAGAGAUGGUGCUGGAGGCUUACAAACAUGGACAACAAAACUUUGGGGAGAAUUAUGUGAAUGAACUUGUGGAUAAAGCCUCCCAUCCCCAGAUUGUGUCAUCAUGUCCUGAUGUAAAAUGGCAUUUCAUUGGUCACUUGCAAAAGAAUAAUGUCAACAAACUCCUGGGUGUUCCAAAUCUGUUUAUGGUGGAGACAAUUGACUCUGUGAAACUGGCUGAAAAAGUAAACAGCUCCUGGCAAAAGUUGAGACCCCUCAACACGCACCGGUUAAAGAUUAUGGUUCAGAUCAACACCAGCGGAGAGGGAAGUAAACAUGGCUUGCCACCUGAUGAGACUGUAAACACAGUGAAACACAUCAUAUCUCAGUGUCCUGCUCUUGACUUCGCUGGACUAAUGACGAUUGGUCGGUACGGUUAUGACCUCAGUGAAGGCCCCAACCCCGACUUCCAGAUGCUGCUGAAACGUCGUGAUGAAGUUUGUGAGAGUCUGAAGGUCCCAGCUGACCAGGUUGAGCUUAGUAUGGGCAUGUCCACUGACUUUGAACAUGCGAUUGAGGUAGGCUCCACCAACGUACGUGUCGGUAGCACUAUUUUCGGGACACGAGAAUACCCAAACACUCCGAGUCCCAGUCCAGAGAAAAAGCAAAAGGUCGUAUGUGAGGAAGCAGCAAGAAGAAUGGACCGACUCACUGUAACAGAGCAAUGAAUAAUGGAAGAAGGUUACUGAACUACAAGUGGGCUUUUAUUGUGGACCUUUUAGGCAGUUCUUCCAAUGACUGGGCUCACCAUUCACCAGUCGAGAGCCUUUGAUAUGUCUUAAUAUUAUUGCUGCUGACCUGUAAAAAAUGAGAAAGAUUUUUGGAAAGUCAAAUUUAAUAACUGAAUUACUAUAUGUACUUCCUAAAGGUGUUUUUAUUAUGGAAAGAUCUCCAAAAGUGUCCUCCACAACCUGAAGAUAUCUGGUAAAACCUCAACCAUGCUUUCACAUUUUGUUUUUAAACAGAUACAGGGUCAGUUCAAGCUCAGUUUGUGGCAGUUGUAGUUUGGUUUGUGUUCAAUAAAUGUAAUUUGAGUUAAACAGGUUAAAUGUUUGAAAUAAUAGCUAGUUUUAAAUGUUGUUUUACAUCUAAUUAAAUUAACAAAUGUUUUACUUGUGUUCCUAGUAGUGUAUAGGCAUAUUUUAGUGUCUGUGAAUUGUUUUGUUUGUGUAUGGUGACUCAGAAAGUUUCAGUGGCAUUAUAAUUGUAAAUGAUAUAAAUAGUAUAUGUAUAGUAUUGUUUAAGUAUCCACUUUUUGCUGUGAAAGAUGAGACAUAUCUGCACUGAACUAUGUGUGAUGUUAUCCUGUAAUUCAUAUAGUAUUAUCCAUGUCACCCUUAAUACUGGUAUUGAAACAGAGUACUGAUCAACAACCACAUUGGUUUUAAUAUGGCACAGAAUAUCUACAAUGACCCAAAUAAGUGAUAAAACUACAUAGACAGACAUUUUUUCUGAGUCUAGGAAAACUGAGGGUCUGAGGCCUUCUACUAUGCAAGGAGAGGGAUUGUGAGAUGCUUGUUCAGGAGUAAUUGCAUAAUUAUUCUAUCUUUAAUUGUAUCAUUAUUACAGUGCUGUUUCACACUAACUGAUUAUAUUUGAUCAAUGUAUUAUUUGUGAUAAAUCGUUUAAAACAUCCAAAAUGAACACUUUUUUCCCCAUUCUUUUUCCCCAUUAUGUACAGUGUCAAAUAAUAACUUGGUUGUAUCUUGUCAAAAAAUAGUUGUACGUAAAUAUUUAAUUGAUUAGGUGAGUUGAGCAAUAAAAUAAGAAAACAUUUAAUGGCUGUGUGGCAUACAGUGCAUUCAGAAAGUAU